AUGAUUAUCUUAUUAGGUUUAUUAGCGGCUACAUAUUGGCCGACUCCAACCAUAUCAUGGCCACCACCUCCUAAUAUUCCAGAAUGGCCUACAGCAACUCAAUCAUGGAUUGAUCCAUAUACAGAUGAUCCAGAUCCAGAACCAACAAAGCAUUCUUUAACAAAAGGAGAACUAGCAGCAAUUAUUUCAUGUAGUAUUAUCGGUGUUAUAGUUAUUGCAGUCGCAGCAUUCUUUAUUAUUCGAAAUGUUUAUUACAAGAAAAUUGUCGAGAGCGCUUUGUGCCCUGACCCGCUUGUAUAG